CACGCCUCCCUCUAUGAAUCUUUAAAAAGCAGGCGCGCGCGCUCCCGCCGGUUUUCGGAUCCGCCCGCGGCUUUCUUCUGUCCCCGGACUCGCUAGCUCCGCCCGUCGCGUGCUCCCGUCUCCCACUCGGAAUGCCUGUCUGGGGCGGUGGAAAUAAGUGCGGGGCCUGUGCGAGGACUGUGUACCACGCCGAGGAGGUGCAGUGUGAUGGGCGGAGCUUCCACCGCUGCUGCUUUCUGUGCAUGGUUUGCAGGAAAAAUUUAGACAGCACGACAGUGGCAAUUCAUGAUGACGAGAUCUACUGCAAAUCCUGCUACGGAAAGAAGUAUGGACCAAAAGGCUAUGGUUACGGUCAGGGUGCUGGCACGCUCAACAUGGACCGUGGUGAGAGGCUGGGCAUCAAACCAGAGAGCCCUGGCACAAAAACUGCUUCCGAUGUGCCAAGUGUGGGAAGAGUCUUGAAUCUACAACUCUGACUGAGAAAGAAGGUGAAAUCUAUUGUAAAGGGUGCUACGCAAAGAACUUUGGGCCCAAGGGAUUUGGCUAUGGUCAAGGAGCAGGGGCCCUUGUUCAUGCUCAGUGAUGGUGUAAACCCAGAAUGAAGCAACGCACACAGAAUCGUCACUACCAAAACACAGAUGACCUUACAGCACUCACUACUGUGAAACUUCACCAGCAUUCGCCACUGUGUGUCACACCUCUACUGCGCAUGUGGGCUGGAUAAGACAACACUGUGCUCACUCACUUUUCACUAGCAUUUAAGAGCAUUUCUUUUACAUUGGGAAUAAAGUUUUGGCUUGAUUUGGG